UUAAAAAUAUUUUCACUGGAAAGAAGUUAUGUAAGCCACUUGAUAAGCUCUGGCAAAAUAUCGGCGAAUCUCAAAACUGUCAAGAUUUCUUAAAAAAAACCGGGACAUUAUUAACUCCAAUUUUGAAAAAUAUGACAGUUGCUGGCAUCAAUUUAUCACCUCAGUUUAUGUUAAUGAGACGUGAAGACAAUAACCCAGAGAUAGCUUUAACCUUGGAUGAGAUCGUUCGUCGUUCAAAUCAAAAUUUACUCGCCAACGAACCCAUAAACAAUGAUUUGGGAAGGUUAGAAAUGGAAUUAGCAGCAACGGACCAAUCAGAAGAAGAAGAAGACGACGACAACGACGACGAAGAAGAAGAGGAAGAAAUCUUCAUGUGCUGCAUUUGUAAAGAUAGGCGUCCAAUUAUGAGAUACCAACCGUGUGGACAUGUAGUAACUUGUGAGCAAUGCAAUAUUGGAUGGCUUCAAACAAGACGGGUCGAUGGCCGAGAGAUGGAUUGUAUAAUGUGCAGGGCUGCGAUUAAUUUAGUUGAGUUUGCAGAGUUGGAGGUAUCAGUAUGAGUAUGAAACAUUGGUAACUAAUUUUAAGAUAUUUUUAUUGAGGUUGAGCUGUAGUAAUCAAAUUUUUGAAGAUACUAUUUAAUAAUAUAUUUUUUAGACAUAAAUAAUUAUAAGUUAAAAUGAAGUUAAACAUUAUAUAACUGGGAUUUGCAAGUAUAGUAACUAAAAAGAUUUUAUUCAAAAAUAAUAUUAGCACAGGACAGCCUCAUUAUUAGUCGUAGCUAUUAAUAUUUUUUUAGAAUUUCAGAAAUUCACUUAGUAGUCCUAUUAGAGAGUUCAAGUUCUUCCAGAAGACCACAGUUGGGAUAAUUACAAUGAUUAUUCAAUUUAUUUAUGUAGAUCUGAGUGUAUGUGUGAUUGAGGCACGGAAAAGAGAAUAAUUAAUAAUUAUUAAAAUGUUUGUUUUAGAGUAUAGAAACAAUUUGAUGAAUAAUUUUUAAAUUUGAUUAAAAUAAUUAGUCUGAAAUCUCUUUUUCGUGUGGUUUGAGGUCAUUAUGUGGAUGACCGACUGUACUUGGCUGGGUUUAACCGAGAUUUCCCAAAUAAGCCACUGCAAAAUUGACAUUGCAGGUGAAUGCAGUACAGUGGUGAAGUCGUGCUCGGACGCACAGGUACAUCUUUGUCAAUAAAGAUGAA